AUGCUCACGAAUUUCAUUGAACGAAAACGAGUAAAAGCGGAUUUGUAUUGGGAUACUUGUUUGAAGAAAGCUGUGGAGUUUGGUGGAAUUCGUGUGAUAUUGCUGGAAGAAGAAGAAGAAGAGUCAUCGUCAUUGAGAGUGGGCUAUAUAAUGAGAAGAUUUCAAAUCUGUCAAGUUAAUGACAAGGGACAAGAAGGUGAGAGUCGAGUGAUUCGACAUCUUCAGCUAACGACGUGGCCGGAUCAUGGCGCCAUACGUGACUUUCAAGUCAUUGCACCAAUACUUGAUGCCAUGAAUCGGUACCGAUGUGAAGCAUCACGGAUGUAUCAUGGAGUUGAGACCAGAGUCAUCGUGCAUUGUAGUGCCGGUAUUGGGCGCUCUGGCACGUUCAUUGCAAUUGAUAUACUGUAUCGACAACUGCAUCAAGUGCUUACGGACAAGAGCGACAAUGUUGAAGAGAAGACACGCGCGCUGCAACAUGCGAUGAAUAUUCCACGUGUAGUAUACCACCUGCGAUCACAGCGACCUGGUAUGGUACAAACCCCGGAACAGUACGAAAUGAUUUACCAGCAUGUAGCUGCCGUGAUUAGUGGCAGCCAAUCAUGGUGA